AUGGCUGACUUCGGUUACUUUGACGACGAUGGGUCUUUUUAUCUGCUUCCAGCCGAACCUAUCAGACUGGCAGACUACAGCACCCACCCCAAUUCGAACAACUGUCAAUUGGUCUUCAGUCAAGCUUCGGCUGGAAAUUCCCAUUCAAACUCGAAUUCGCAGGAAUCGUCUUGUCCAACGAGCAGUACGAGCGAGACCAGUGCACCUCCCGAACAUGAAUCAAUACCUGGUCCUACAGUCCAGAAGCAUAUUCCCGUUCGACCGGAGGACAUUUAUCACAUGUCAGGUGGAAUGGACCAAAUCCAACUUCAAUAUCUUGAAGAUGACUCCAUAUGUAUUGAAGAUGACUCCCAGGUGCUGCAGAUGGUAGCUGGUAUGAAUCCCGACCAGCGAAUGCCUGCUCUUCAGCAGAGAUCUAUGCUCGGUAUACCUGCACUCGAGCAAGCUGAGCCCUUGGAGGGAGUGAGCCUUCUUUGCGGCAUUCUCACCGGAGCCCUUCACACAGAGGCAGAGCUGGCUUCGACCUUGCAGAACCUCAGUCAAUGGACAAACACAGUCAAAAGAAAGUUGAACGACAGAAAGUUGAACGACAAAAAGUUGAACGACAGGAAGUUGAACGACAGGAAGUUGAACGACAGGAAGUUGAACGACAGGAAGUUGAACGACAGGAAGUUGAACGACAGGAAGUUGAACGACAGGAAGUUGAUCGACAGAAAGUUGAUCGACAAAAAGAUGAACGACAAAAACAGGGUCACAAAGAGGCCCGCGUCCAAACCAAACAUGUCUUCUGUGGGUGGAAGUGACAAGAAGAAAAAGGCAAAGAAGUUCUUCCGGUGCACUGACUGUGGCACAACAUGUGGUACUAUGGGAGCAUCCCAGCGACAUGCUGAUUAUAUCCACCAGCCAAGUACCAAGUAUUACUGCUCUUUUUGCGAUCACGUUUCGUAUAGAAAAGACAAACAUCGUGAUCACUGUCGAACUGCGCAUUUAUGGGGAACAACCGACGAGGAGAUUAACGAAUGCAUGGAGCCCCUCAACUGUCCACCUGUCUGCAAGCUUUGCCCGAGGCAGACUGGAAACUGGAAAGAGUUCUACAAAUGCUUUAUCAGCCACGGUAUCAUCGGCCAACCCGAUGAAGAUGAGGAGGUAGAAACUGAUGAUGAAGAUGAUGAAGAUGUCGACCCAGCCCCUGGUAAUGGUCGCACCUUUCCACCAGUAAUCGGGGGCACAAACGUGCGUCUAGCACAGGGCCAGAAUGAAUACUAUCCUGGCAUUUCAAACCAGAGCUGGAACUCAUUCUCUAUUCAGAGCCCGAAUAUCAGCGUCAACCCACAAGCCUUCGAUAUGGAUCGCUCAUUCUCGCAUGAUGUUGGCAUGUUGGCACCUCAACCAGGUAUCCUCCACGAUAAUCAGUUUCAAAAACGCCGAGCAGCUGGUCAUUCUGAUAUUCUCCGGGGAGUUACCCAGCUUGGGCUACCCCCACAGCACCCACCAAAGCGAGCCAGACAAGCUAGUGCUGAGUCUCCAGAGCACCGCCUCUGUUGGGGAUGCAAACACCAAUUCAGCGGCUGUGAUCUCUGUGAAAACAAAACAGCAUCGGUUGACAGAUGCCACGCGUGCCCUGGUGCUACGAUACCUAUAGCAAGCGCAUCAGGAUCUCAAGUGGCUCGACGUACUGCUCAAGGCCAGGGCAUGAAUAAUACGUCUUUUAUCAUUCCUCAGGGCCAGCAGCAAAUGCGUCAUGGACAGUGGCUGACUCCUACACCACUUGGAAACAACCGUCAAAUGCCACAGCAGCGCCCUGGAAAUCGUCGUCUCACCGGAAGUCCCCAGGGACUCCCUCGAGACCCAUUUUAUCAUGCCAAUAUGGUGAUGACCCUGGAACUACCAGAUUUAAGCGAGGAGGACUUACUUUCCCCUGGACCUAAGCCCUCUGAUGCGAAUUUCGGAGGUACCUGGUUGAGUUGCCUUCCCAUCCGAGUCCCACUCCUAGGAAUGGCCAAGGAGCCCUCAGAAGCAACAGUUUCGGGGUUGGAGUAUGGAGGCGAAACCAUAUCCCCCCUGGGCAAUCUGCCUGUGGCUAGAAUUGGGAAAUCAAUUCCAAAUCUAUGUGGCUGCCCCUGUCGAACGAAAACCUCCUACUCGAGCAAUGCCCGCGUUGAACUUGCUCCUGGCAAAAUUCUUGACAUGACCCUUACAAUCCUCCCACAAGAUCGCGUUGUGCAUCCCCUCCGGACCAGGGUCAGGGUCGUAGUGAAGCUGCUUAAGUUACGCUCCUCGGUCGCUCGGGCAGGGAACAAGAAGAAGAACAAGGAAGACGCGAAGGCCAUUGAAGAAGUCCUCAAAACGAGCUUGGAUGGUUCAGCCUCCACAGAGCCUGUCAAGGAAAGUCAAGAAGACCCCGUCGAUGAAUCCGACUGCUCUGAGUUCGAGGACGACGGUUUGUUCUCCGACGCCGAGUCCGUCACGUCUUCCAUCUUUGAAGCUUCUUCGGUCUCCGAACUUGCCAUGGUUCCUUUUAAGAGAUCAAAACCAGCCUUGUUCCACAAUGACGAAGACGAGGAUGAAAAUGCCUCGGACCUGUCCCCCGACAGGGAACCAGAUGAUACCGAAGCCCUCCAAACACAAUCUCUAUUCCAAAUAUGCGACUACGAAGAGACCGAGCUGGAGAUUUCCAUGGACCUCGAUUUCCAAACCUGUCUCGAGAGACUUUCCACUUGGACCGAUGGCCUCGCCGACAUCGAGUACUCCGGUCAUACGAUCAGCGAUCCUACCCGUGUCUUUGAAUACUUUUUCAAAUACAUAAUUUACGUGAUAUUCGCCCUAAGCCGCUCCAGAAUCAUGACUGAUAAUCGUUGA